UAAGACCGAACACGCGUGCCUUCGACGGAUUUUCGGGAUUGGAACAGUGACCUCGCGACGGGCACACGUUUUCCUCGUCGUGGUCACUGAUCGGUGGUGGUAGUUCUCUCCCAGGGGAUACUGGCGACGGUGUGAAACCCAACGAGAGAGAAGUGACAGUCCAGAUAGAGCGGCGGGCACAAAGAACGUCUCAGUCGGCGCUGAGCCAUUGCCUCAGCAAGUCUCACCAACAAGUUGGAGAUCUAGUUCCGAGAGUUGAGCCCCGUGUUCGACCAUGGAACUCCACGGAGGACGCGCGUUGAUCGUCCUCGCGACCAUCAUCGUGUCCACGGGCAUCGAAGCCAUACGCGUCACGCAGACCGCCGGCAGGAGGAACGAUGCAGUAGUCGACCAGACACCAGCGUCUUCUUUCUGGACUCCCACUCUCAAGACGGGGAACGUGUUCACCGACGACACGAACUUUUUCCCCUCGAGCCACGGCCUGGUUCAAACCCAUCCGAAUGCUAAUGUAUUCCGAAGCGGUUUCGGUGGGAUUGAUAACCUAGGCAGCAGAGGAGCGACUGUCAGACCACCGAGAAUGAGACCUCUGGAUUACAGCGAACGUGCCACCGCCGAAUUGCGACGAAAUCCUGCGCUUUCGUCGCCAGACGAGUGCGCCAGGGCCUGUCGCGAGAACGAACCUCCAAGGAUAUGCUACUAUCACUUCACUCUUGAAUAUUACACCGUGCUCGGAGCAGCCUGCCAAAUCUGCACCCCCAAUGCAACGAACGUCGUCUGGAGCGACUGUCAGUGUGUCUUGGCUGACGGUGUGGAAAGAGGUAUCCUGACAGUGAACAGAAUGGUUCCAGGACCUAGCAUUCAAGUCUGCCAGGGUGACAAGGUCGUGAUCGAUGUCGAGAACCACAUCGAGGGAAUGGAAGUAACCCUCCACUGGCACGGUAUCUGGCAAAGAGGAAGCCAGUACUACGACGGUGUGCCAUUUGUCACGCAGUGUCCCAUUCAAGAGGGUAGCACGUUCAGGUAUCAAUGGAUGGCUUCAAACGAAGGCACACAUUUCUGGCACGCUCACACCGGUCUGCAGAAAAUAGACGGUCUUUAUGGUAGCAUCGUAGUACGUCAACCGCCUAGCAAGGACCCUAACAGCCAUCUUUACGACUACGACUUGACUACUCACGUCGUUCUGCUCAGCGAUUGGUUCCACGAGGUUGCGGCCGAACGUUUCCCUGGUCGUCUCGCUGUUAACACCGGACAGGCACCUGAAAGUGUCUUGAUCAACGGAAAAGGACAAUUUAGGGAUCCCAACACCGGUUUCAUGACGAACACACCUCUGGAGGUCUUCACCAUAACUCCCGGUCGUCGUUAUCGUUUUCGAAUGAUCAAUUCUUUCGGAUCGGUCUGUCCAGCUCAGAUUACAAUCGAAAGUCACACUCUAACCCUGAUCGCCACGGACGGCGAGGUGGUGCAGCCAGUCAACGUGGACACCAUCAUCUCGUUCUCCGGCGAACGAUACGACUUCGUUAUAAACGCGGAUCAACAGGUCGGAGCGUAUUGGAUUCAAGUCCGCGCGCUCGGCGAGUGCGGUAUUCCCCGUGCGCAACAGUUAGCCAUAGUGCGUUACGCCCGCGGCCCGUACCAACCGGCUACCACGCCGCCAACUUACGACUUCGGACUUCCCCAGGGCGUCGUCUUGAAUCCUCUGGACGCCAUAUGCGGCCGUCCUCGAGAGGACGCCGUUUGCGUGAACCAGUUGAAGAAUGCCCGCCAGGUCGACCAAGGACUUCUCCAGCAGCGUCCAGACGUGAAAAUAUUCCUGCCAUUCCGUUUCCUGUUCUACAGGCCAGAAGAAGUCUUCCAGCCGCAGACGUAUAAUCGAUUCUUGGUGGCACCGACCGGAGAUCACGUAAUUUCUCUCGUCGAUGAAAUCUCGUUCACGUUUCCGCCGGCGCCUCCGCUUUCGCAAAUCGACGACAUCCCGCCUGAACAGUUCUGCAACGGGGACAACAGGCCUGCCGACUGCGGUGCCAAUUGCAUGUGCACCCACCAGGUUGAUAUCCCGCACAACGCGGUCGUCGAAGUGGUCCUCGUCGACGAAGUACAACAACCGAAUUUGUCACAUCCCUUCCAUUUGCACGGCUACGCGUUCAACGUGAUCGGUAUCGGUCGCUCGCCCGACAAGAACGUGAAGAAGAUUAAUCUAAAGCACGCGCUGGAUCUGGAUAAGAGGGGUCUCCUCAAUCGACAGUUCAAUUUGCCACCCGGCAAGGACACCAUCGCCGUUCCGAACAACGGCUACGUAAUUUUCCGAUUCCGCGCAGACAAUCCAGGAUACUGGCUGUUCCACUGUCACUUCCUCUUCCACAUACUCGUCGGUAUGAACUUGAUCCUGCACGUGGGUACGCACGCGGAUCUGCCACCAGUGCCACCAAACUUCCCCAGAUGCGGGGACCACUUGCCCCCCAUCACGCCGCCGUCGCUGUCGUUGGACUCGUUUCACUGAUCGUUCCUAGAUGGAUGCUCAGCGAUCGAAGGCAGUCCAAAGCAUACACGAUGUUUUUAGCGUAUUCCUGUAAAUUAGUCAGUAUGCUGUGUAGCGAAUCGUCGUAGAGCGUUUACACGAAAAUGAGACCUAGCCGUGGUCCCCAAAAUGUGCAAUGCGCAAACGAAAAGGUAAACAAGUCAGGCGAAAAGAAGUUGGGAGAGUAGACGCCGUUUUUUGGCGUAGCAACGACGGUCGUUCCGCAGACGGCGACGACCACGUAUUGCCAAGAGUCGAUAUUUAUUAUGUCCUGGAUCAACUCUAUUCCGAUCAGAAGACUUCGACUAGUCUCCGCGAGACUUGACGAGGGUUUGGACGCGCGAAUGUUACUAACCAUUGUAACUCUGUACAUAAUGUAGAAAUAGUCGUUUAAUGAGACAAUAACGUGGAAGCAUUGUUGGGGUGUAGGCAGAGAUGGGCUGAAUUUUCUUCGAUUAAUAGACGAACAGGGACUAGCAUGGAAAUUUCAUUCAUUGAGUCUACUAGUUAUCCAAAAAUCAUUUGAAUUUUAUUCCUUCUAUUUGUUUUUAAGAAUUGCAAUCGAUCGCUGUUAGGGGUUGUUUGAUCCCGCAAAAUAAAUAUUAAGUUGUUUUUAAAGUCUAACGCGUGGGGUACAGUUUGAUCGUAUAAUCGAGAUUGUAACGUGAACGAGUCACGAGUUGUUUAUUUUUAUCCGAAACAAUGUACCUAGACGAGAAUUCUGUCCAUCUCUGGGUAAAAGUAGCGCUCAAGGAGGAAUCUGCGAGACAAUACACGCCAAGAGACCUUUCACUGGUGAGUUGGUCGAUCGGCGAUCAUUAGGGAAACGCUGUUUAAGGAAACUCGAUCCGUUCGAUCCAGAUGAUCGCGGCUGGUCCCUGAAACGAGACAGCGCGAUAUAAGCAAGAAGCUUCGCUGGAUCGCGUCCAGGUUCCUAAAGUGGCCGUAGUUAGGGAGGAAAUUCGUGCCCGUAACUGGUGCACGCGGCUUUCGUUCUUGUCCUUGUCAGCCUUUUUCAAGUAGUUCAAUUAGGGUAACCGUAGCCAUUGCCUAAUAAGUGUAAAGUGGAAUAAAAAAAUGAGGAAAAAUGCAAAAAAUAUCCGUAGAAUUUAGCGUCAAGGAAGACAGGAGAAGCCUCAGUGGCGCGACCGGAAAGGAGCUCCUUACAGAAUUUAAAAAUUAUUGUGUAAUAGUUAUCUAACAUUCAUGGAAAAGUGUCUCCCUGUCUUCUCUAUUUGAAAUUUCUGAUCGCGUCACUGCGAGGCGUCAAAAAGAUUGCUACAGCCUGUAAAAAAUGUUCCGAUUCUGAGCUCUUACCGAGGCUGUACAAUCAGUUUGUCGAUCCAUUCGCUAUUUACCCCCUUGAGUUCGAAGUCAUGAUGUUAGGCUCGCGUUAACACGUCUUAAAGUACCCACACAGUCUAUGAACAAUCUAGAAACACACACCCUACUAACCUUCUCAUUUGUCGAAAUAUUGGGUUGUCUAGAAAGUUCGUGCCAAUUUUUAAGAAAAAUUCAAAGACGUUUGAAUUUUGAUAUAAAUUUAUUGUAUUACACAACCUUUCCACCUUUUAACACCUUGAUUGCCAAACAAAUAUUCUUGACAAUUUCUGCAAGAAUUGAAUAUUAUUUAGAUUAUUGGAGACUACAUAAUCAAACAUUUAUCGUGGUAUUUAUUUUUGUAACUUCAUCAAAAUUCAUGAAUUUUAUUUAAAUUCCUUUGUUGCUCAACUUUCAGAAUUAUUUCUUUGCGUGCUUCAAGUUUGUACACUUGUUAUUUGUUUUCAACCAUUUCGAUAUAUUCAGACCUGUACGACCUACCUAAAAUCGGCAUGGACUUUCCAGACAAACCAAUACUUUCUACCAUACGCCAAGCUGGGAAAAUAUUCAAAAAAAGUCCUUCACCCUCUAACACCGUACAUGAGCCUAAUCAUCAUAAUUUGCUCGAACUAGGCGUCGAAUUGAUGCUGGAACGAUCAUUCCGCGCGUCUUACGUGCGCAACCUUUUCCAAUCGAAGGGCGGGCGUCGCGUCGUCGAGCGUCGCGUCGCGCCGUGUAUAGUUGUACGUUUAUUCAUGGUGCCUCCGUUUCCUUUAUCGCGGAUAGAGAAUACAUCUUACAGUUACUCGCAACUCACAAUUAACGCUUUAGUGCUCGUCCGCUCGUCGAUCGUGGCGCUGCGCAGGUGCAAUUGCACGGGUGCACGUGCGCCUCGUCACGAACCGCACUUUGUAGAUAAAGCCCUCUGGUUCGUUUCGCUGAAUACACACGACGGAACCAUUAAAACACGAAAUACUCGAUCGCGACGACCCGCGCAGCCAUCGAGCACAAGAACUAACGAGCAAACGUUUCACCAUUUAAUUGUCACCGAAGUUGGGCAAAAUUUCAUUCGAUCAAGUACUACGAUAAGCUUUCGUUCGUUCAAUGUGAGACACCAUUUCCAUAAUUGAAUCUUUGGGUUCUAUUCAGUCAAUAGCGACUAAAACAUUCUAAUUCAGAUUCAAUCUACUACAGAACGAAUGAACGCCCCAGAAUCUCACCUGACUAACUCUUGUACAUACUUUAAUAGUAAUCACUUUAAAAAAUCAAACAAUUUACACUAAAUUAAAUUUCACAGAGUGUAUCAGCUCCGUCAUCAAGCCAACAUACAAAACGUUUAAUUCGUAUCAGAAUUUUGCCCAUCUCGGAUUUGAACACGUCUCAGUUCCAUCACUAUUCGUCACGUGGAAUGAAACGUUUCUAUUGUUGCACGGUUCGCUUCGAAACCCGCUCCGCAAUUUAUUUCGCGUAACCUGCGAGGCGAGACAGGAAUCCGUUCGACAGCCAGGAACGUUCUCCCCUAUGCCGUCGAAGAUGAACCUUUAAUUGUCGGUUAGGCGAGAUUUUGGUGGAUGAUUUCGAGGAUUGUUGAGAGUCUGCAUGUUAAUUGGACAGGCUCGAAGGGUGGGUUAUCUGGAACGUUGAGGUACGUUCUCGUUGGGAGUAGCUGUCGCAGUAGAACGUACCUGUCGUUAGUCAGACGUUCCUCUAAAAUCGAUCGAUAUUUAAUUUUUAAGAAUUUGCUCGCUCGAACGACGAACAUUAAAUCGUCAACUGCGCCAACGUUCGAUUUAACCGAUGUCCUUUAACAUCCCUUCAUUAUGCAUAACAUGGUUGUAAAUCUACGUUCGUUUUUUCUUAAUUUAUUUAAUUAUCUUUGAUAAAGAUGUACAGACGUGCCUUUUAGUAUACCCGUACCGCGAGAAAUUCAUUGUACGAGCGAUCGUUCGUCGAACUUUAUCGGAUAUUCGUCUACUGGUUCCGUUUCUUGAACGUUUUUAUCGUCGGUACAACGAGAAAACUUGCUCGUACACGAUCCGACUGUUCGUUGUUGGAAUUCGAACAUCUUUUGUAUACUUAUUUAUGUAACGAAACGCUUAAGAGUUUCAACAGUUAUUAUGUGCACAUGAGGAUGAGUUUUCGUGUUUUUGUACAGGUAGUAUUUAAGCGAGUAAUUCGCGUAUACUCCGUUAUCAGAUAAAAAUGUACAUUUAAUAAUAAAUUUGUUUUUAGAAGCUCGACUAUCUUUUCAGUUCUGAUUAAAAUGAUCUGCCUUUCCCGGUAUCUUAGUAAAAUUAUUUAUAUGUAUCCCACAUAUAUAAAAAAUUAUCACAUUUAUUAAUUUAUUUCACACAUCAUUUAUCCUACUAGUAUCAGAAGUGAAUCCCAAAAAUUUAAUAAGUUGAUUUAUAUUUCAAUAACAGAGAAGGAAUCUUAAAAUUUUUAAACAAAUUUACUUCUUAAUAUUGUCAAGUUUUAGCGUCUUGGAACGAGUUAUCUUGAAACGUAGUUCGUGUUUUUAAUUAUAGUUUGCCGCGUUGCAGCCUUGCAUACAUAAGUCAGCCUUGGUAAAGUAUUCAGCACAACGAGACGAACGAUACGCGUGUCUCCUUACGUGAUACAACGUAUUCAUGAAUGUUGCGUACCGUCAGGGCCGCAUACUUUUACUCACAAUUUGAUCCCACUAACAAGUGGAGAUUUAAUUAUUCAAUAACAGUCCAACUAAUUUUUCUAUUAGAGCAAACAGAACGUAAUGUCGUCUUUGCGAAUGUCAAUACUAGUUUAUCAUUUAUCAGCUCACUCUCUAGCAAUUAAUUUUUAUCGAUCUGGCAUUAAAAACUUGUGCACUAAACAGCAAAAGGUUGUUGGUAACGAGGGCGAUUACAGAAUUGAUUAAAAG